AUGCGUUUCUACCAUAUUCUUUCCAUUGGUCUUGCAGGACUCGCGACAACUUCCCCAACACCAUUUCCGCAGGGUACGGGUACUGGUGCAGAUUCAUGUGCAUCGGAAGCUCUGGACCCAACCACAUGGACAAAACUCAACAUCGACGACUUUCUUGCCGAAGCUGCGAAGAAUUACACCAAGACAACGACGAACAAUGUACAAGCACUUGCAAGUUCCUUCGGCGCACCCAACUUCUUCUGCGGUCUCGACAACUUUUGUAAUGCAGGCCAACCUUGCUUGCCCAUUAAACUUCCAGCUUGGUAUAUCCCCUGCGCUAUCUAUUGCCGUGCCUUAGUUCAGAUGGGCUGA